GACUUUUACCGGUCGGUUUGACUGUUUUGAUGUAAAAUUGAUUUUAUAUUUAAAAAAAUCAUAAAAUCUAAAACAUACAGUUUUUGCUUACUAAACCGUUAAUAUAUUAAUUAUGGAAGCACUUAUUCCAGUUAUUAAUAAGUUACAAGAUGUUUUUAACACGGUAGGAGCGGAUGCCAUACAAUUACCUCAAAUCAUAGUACUAGGAACUCAGAGUUCUGGCAAGAGUUCAGUAAUCGAAAGCCUUGUUGGACGAUCAUUUCUACCUCGGGGUCCAGGCAUUGUCACCAGACGCCCUCUAAUCCUACAACUGGUAUACAGCCCUAAAGAUAGCAAAGAACAUCGUUCAGCUGAAGAAGGUACUAUUAACUUAGAAGAAUGGGGCAAAUUUCUUCACACAAAAGACAAAAUCUAUUCAGAUUUCGAUCAAAUAAGACAAGAAAUCGAAAGAGAAACAGAUCGCAUGGCUGGCAGCAACAAGGGUAUUUGUCCAGAGCCUAUAAACUUGAAAAUUUACUCAACCAGAGUAGUCAACCUGACACUUGUAGAUCUGCCUGGUGUUACUAAGAUUCCCAUAGGUGAUCAACCAGAAGAUAUUGAAAGCCAAAUUAGGAACCUUAUAAUCAAGUAUAUAGCUAAUCCAAAUUCUAUUAUCUUGGCUGUGACUGCUGCCAACACAGAUAUGGCUACUAGUGAAGCAAUUAAAAUGGCCAAAGAAGUAGAUCCUGAUGGCAGGAGGACAUUAGCAGUUGUAACUAAACUUGAUCUCAUGGAUGCUGGUACUGACGCAAUCGACAUAUUGUGUGGAAGAGUGAUUCCUGUUAAACUUGGCAUCAUCGGCGUCGUCAAUAGAUCUCAACAGGAUAUUAUAGAUAAGAAAUCUAUUUCGGAUGCAUUGAAAGAUGAAGCAACUUAUCUCCAAAGGAAAUAUCCAACGAUAGCCACAAGAAAUGGUACUCCUUACUUAGCGAAAACGCUGAACAGGCUUUUGAUGCAUCAUAUCCGUGAUUGUUUGCCUGAACUAAAGGUACGCGUCAACGUUAUGAUCUCACAGUUCCAAUCUCUAUUGAAUUCUUAUGGCGAAGAUGUAUCUGACAAGUCGCAGACGCUUCUACAAAUUAUCACUAAAUUUGCUAGCGCCUACUGUUCCACGAUUGAGGGAACUGCAAGGAAUAUAGAGACUACUGAGCUAUGUGGUGGCGCGAGAAUUUGUUACAUCUUCCACGAAACUUUUGGUAGAACACUCGACUCUAUUCAUCCUUUAGUAGGUUUAACUCGCAUGGAUAUAUUGACCGCUAUACGGAACGCAACCGGCCCUCGCCCCGCCCUGUUCGUGCCCGAGGUCUCUUUCGAGCUACUAGUCAAAAGGCAAAUAAGAAGACUAGAGGAUCCAUCAUUGAGAUGCGUAGAAUUGGUGCAUGAAGAGAUGCAGCGUAUAGUGCAACACUGCGGUACUGAGGUGCAACAAGAGAUGUUGCGGUUUCCACGCCUCCACCAACGUAUCGUAGACGUGGUUACACAACUGUUACGCACGCGUCUACCAGCCACUAACUCUAUGGUGGAGAAUCUAGUCGCGAUCGAGCUCGCUUACAUAAACACAAAACAUCCCGAUUUCCACCGCGAGGCGGCGCUAGUGUCUGGAUUGUUGAAGAGCACCGAUGGAUUAGAAGAGAACAGCCCCAUCUUCCGACAGAAAACACCCCGGGCCACACCCUCGCCGGUAUCCACAAUGUUCAAACAUGUAGCGGCGAUUACUGAUGGCUCUGAGAAUAAAUCACCACCUCAAAACGCUUCCAUGGACUCUCCUGCUACGCCACAGAUGAACGGCACACCAGACAGUAAAGUGAUGACUCCGCAGAAGCCAGUCAACCUUCUGCCGGAGGUGCCCAGUCAAACUUCGCGCAAGUUAUCCGACCGAGAACAGCACGACUGUGACGUCAUUGGUGGACGGAGCGACCGACCGACGUUAUAUAACGUUAACAGAAAAACCAUUGAAGGCAUCUCGAUGAUGCACUUGAACGGAAUGGGUGAUUUAGUCGAACGGCUGAUCAAAUCUUACUUCUACAUCGUGCGGAAAUCGAUCCAAGACUCCGUGCCAAAAGCGGUGAUGCACUUCCUCGUCAAUUACGUAAAGGACAACUUGCAAUCUGAACUGGUGACGCACCUGUACAAGUCUGAUCAGGCCGAGAGUUUGCUCAAUGAGUCGGAGCACAUCGCUCAGCGGAGGAAGGAGGCCGCUGAUAUGUUGAAGGCAUUACAACGCGCCGGACAAAUAAUAAGCGAAAUUCGAGAGACGCAUAUGUGGUGAUUUCUUCCCGAGCGUAGAGACUCUAGUCUGUGAAUUAGUGAAUUCGAGCCUCAAGCUCUGUACAUACCUUAACAUAGGCAAAUUAUAUGCAUUAGGCUUAUAUACUUAUGGAACUUUAAACAUUUAAACGUUUGCGUUUUCUAGCAUUAUUUUCUGUAGCUCUCUUGUAAGUAUUAAGCGGUCAGACGAUAUCUGAUUGCGUCAGAUUCGUGAAUUGAGUUUAAAAAUUUUUUUUAGAACAAACUUCCUUUUGGAACCAAAAAUGUUGCAGAAAGUGAAUGCUUGUUAGUGUUUAAAUCGACUGUUUUUAAUGAUGCACUGUAUGCUUGAGUCAAAUAUUUUAAAGAGAAGGAAAUACGGGUGUUAUACUCCAUCAUAGUAUCACCACGCUAAAUAUUAUGUGAGUAAUUGAUGUCUUUAGUUAAAGAAACUUAGUUGUUCGCUUUGUGUUGGCCAACGACGACCGUAAAUAAAUGACGUUGCCACAUCAAAUGGUCAUAAUCAUCGUAGCGCUCAAGAUGAUCAAUAGUAUAUGAAGUACAGAAGUUCCUUAUAUCUAGGCAAAUAAAGUUGCAUAUUGAUCGAAUCAGACAGAGAUCAAAAUAUUUUAACACCUUUUAUACAAUUUUAGCUAGUAACAAACAACUCGAUUCUAUAAAACACUAUUACACUCGAACCAAAACGGUUCGAAAUAAGCUCUUAGUGGAUAAAUUUAGAAAAAUCCCAAUAUGUUUUUUCACUUUUGUGUACUUUGUUUUUCGAUACGUUUUAUUUUUUUUUUUAAAUGAGGAGGUAUUUUAAAGAAAACAUUAGUUCCCGAAAUCGAGUACGUAUAUCGCUACGGUACUUUCUUGAUUUCUCCAUGGCAACCCUUCCGGUUUUCUUUCAUGUAUAAAAGUAAAUUAAUUUUCAAAACUCAAUAAACAACUCAUAUUUUAUUUGUAAUUUUCGUAUUUGCAUUGAUAUCUAAGUUUAUGAUAUCGAACUUUGCGAAUUUCAGAUUUUUAAUAUGUUAGUUAAAAUAAACGGAUACGACUAUCUUUGGUCCAUUCGUUUCUUGCAAAAAUCAAUUUUUGCUAGAGUCGCCAUCUGGUGAGGUAUUUUUAGUGCUCUUUUUUUUUCUUAAAAUACUUCCUCAUUAUGAUGUUUUUUUUUUGUGUGAAGAUUAAUCUCGAUGUGCGUAUUUACACGUUGAGUUCGUAUAAAUUGAAGGGACGACUCUUCUCCACCGCAAUCAUGUACUUCGGUGGAAGGAGGAGUCCUGCAAUGUGAUAGCAUUAAACGUAGAGUGUUAAGAAGUAUAUAAAAGUAUGCAAACGAAAACAAAUGGGAAAAUCAAUAUUCAACUUUGGUUGCCUAACGAAUGGCGCCACUAUCAAAAGAUGAGGAGUAGUGAAGUGGAUUGUCAACUCGAAGCAAACGACAAGUACAGUAAGAACCAACCAAUGUGGCGUGCGAUUACUCUUCGUUCGAGUAGAACACUUACUAAUUACGACGAUGAUUGAACGUACGUUUAAAAAUACAGUGAGUCUUGUUUCUAUAAGCAUAAGGUGUAAAAUAUAACUCAAUAUAACAUGCCCGUCUCACUCACACUUAGAGGGGGGUCAAGGGUGUGGAUAUAAUAUAAUAAUAAAGCGUUGUAUAUAUUGGUCGAUCGUCCAAUGACGUGGUACUUGAAUCAUUCUGAUUGGUCGACAUUUGCCAAACUUCGAAAUUUAGCCUUUUGCGCAGGUUCAGUGAGCCACAUCAGUUGUAUCUUGCUGUACGUGUGUUCAUAUUGGUAGUACUUUAAUGAGAGUAAAACACGCCAGCCAUUUUAGCCAAUAUUCAUAAGUAAGCAUUUUAAUAGUCUACUUACUAGGCAAGGUGAUUUUUCUGGUCUAUAAUAAUAUGAUACCAGUCGUUAGAUAUUGAGUUGUCAUAGAUAAUUGUUUAUAUUAACAUAAAUAAUGGUUUAUUGCACAAAUUUGACACUGUUGGACUUUGUUACCAUGUUCACCGUCGUUGUAAGUUAGAAUAAAUAUGAACUGUACUCGAUUUUAUAGUAGUUUUAUCCAGUGAUAUUAAUUGUAACCUCACUGUAACGAUAUUAGAGUUCUUCACGUAAUGUGUAUAAUUUUAUUUAGCUUCAUCUGGGCGAGUUUUAUUUUGAUUUCAAGCUUCUUUGCAAACAGGGUUGGUUAUAUAGAUAGUGUGUGUGUCCUUAUGGGAAUGAAUGGUACUUAUUAGACCACGCAUGUUGUUUUAUUUGAUUGAGUUCCUUAAUUUUUUAUUUUCAACAUACUGUAUUAUAAACUACAGUCGUCAUUUUUGAAACUACGAUUUAUAAAAUAUAGACAAUGUAGUAAAUAAAAUAUAGUAUGUCAAUGUUGCAAAUAUAUUUAUUGUUAGUCCAAGGUGUGAUUUGCUUUAUGUAUCGAUAAAACCAAUUGAAUGUUACGUUAGGUAAGAUUGUAUUUAAAAGUCUUGUUGAUAACUAAAACAUAUUGUCAUUUU